AUGGCCACAAAUCCUCCUCCAUCUCAAGAUUACAUAGACAUUGAAGUGAACUCUUAUUGCUCUUACAUUUCAUGUCCAACUGUCUCUUCCCCUCAAAAUAGGGAAUUUGAGUUUACAAAUGACAAAAAAACCACAACUUCCUCAGCUGAUGAACUCUUCUACAAAGGGAAACUUCUUCCUCUUAACCAAAAAAUACUUCCCAACUCAAAAGAUUCCUUUGAAGAAGAAGAAUGUUUUAGCAUAAACUUGUUAAUCACACCCUCAGGAUCUUGUAGGGUAAGUUUGGAACUUAAUCCAAAUGAUCACUUCUUUGAGUUGUCCACUGAACUCAUUAAUAGUCCUAAGAAAGUAUGGUCAAAGAAGCUCAACCUCAUUAAAAAAUCUUCACUUAGCCAAAAGAUUAAGGCUUCAAAGGCAUUUCUCAAAUCUUUGUUUUGUAAAUCUGCUUCUACAUAUGAAUAUGAUCAACAAAUUUCAAAUGGUAAUGAUAUGAUCAAGGUGUCCAAGAAAAUCCCAUUGAAACAUAACAGAAGGUGUGCUAGUCCAACACUUAGUAGUAAUAAUCAUAGUAGGUCAUUUUCUGCAGCAAAAUCUGGUGGUUCUACUUCUUUCUCGUCAUCUAAUUGUUCUUUCAACUCCAAUAAUGGCUUUUAUGAGUUGAAUUUACUCAAGAGAAGCAACAGUUUCACUUCAAAGAUGGGUUCAAUUGAGGCUGCUAUUGCUCAUUGUAAGAAGUCCUAA